AUGCUGGGAUCUGUUUACUGCACGUUCAAGAAGGAAAUCAAGUCGUUUGAGAAAUACGAGAUGCGGACCAAGAUUGCUGGCUGGGACGAGAAAUGGCUAUAUAUAUUGACCUUCUUCCUGCGAUUCCCCAAGCGCAAGGGAGAGCCCAAAGUACUACUUGCAGUUGGAGUGAGCAAGUAUGUAGUGAAGAAGGGCAGAAAGACAGUUCGGCCCGAAAACGUUCUUCGGGCGAGUGGAUUGCUGCCUCCCCGACCACCGGGUGAGGAGGUACCCUCACCACCAACCGCUCUUGAUACCCCUGCAAAUGGCGAGGCAAUUGAGUCAGGAGAGUCCCUAGACGAGCCUCUUCUCCGCAAGGUGCUGACUUUGACGGAGAAUUCCGACCUUGAUAAGGCCGUGCUGGAUAAUGACGUUAAGAAAAACCGAGACAACACCGAGAAAUCUGGUGCCUGGGAUUGGCAUAGGAUUGAAGAAGAGCGACUUCGUGGCAUGGACGUCGUUCGAUCAUUCGUCAAUAUCGAUGCAAAACUCCACGAAGAGGUUGAUCUAUCUGUAUGA